AUGAAGCUGAACAUCUCUUUACCAGCUACUAGCUGCCAGAAACUCACUGAAGUGGAUGGUGAACACAGACUUCAUACCUUUUAUGAGAAGUAUAUGGCCAUAGAAGUUGCAGCUAAUGCUCUGGGUGAAGAAUGGAAGGUUUAUGGGGUUCAAAUCAGUGAUGGUGAUGACAAACAAGGCUUCCCCAUGAAGCAGGGUGUCCACCUGCUGCUGAGUAAGGGGCAUUCCAGUUACAGACCAAGGAGGACUGAACAAAGAAGGUGCAAAUCUGUUCAGGGUUGUAGGGUGAAUACCAACCUCAGUAUUCCCAACUUGGUCAUUGUAAAACAAAAAAAGGGGGGGGGGGGCGAGGGCGAAGAAUGUUCUAGACUCACUGAUACGACUGUGCCUUGUGUCCCGGGGCCAAAAGAAAAUAGCAGAAUCUGCAAACUUUUUAAUCUCUCUAAAGAAGAUGUGAUCUGCCAGUAUGUUAUGAGAAAGGCCUUAAACAAAGAAGGUAAGAAACCCAGAACCAUAGCACCCAAGAUUCAGCAUCCUGUUACUCAGCAUGACCUCCAACAUAAAUGUUGGCAUAUUGCUCUGAAGAAACAAUGUACUAUGAAAAACAUGGAAGAGGCUGCAGAAUAUGCUAAACUUUUGGCCAAGAGAAUGAAGGAGGCCGAAGAAACACACCAGCAACAGAUUGCCAAGAGUCAGAGGUUGUCCUCUCUGACAGCCUCUACCUCCAAGUCUGAAUCCAGUCAAAAAUUAGAUUGUCUAAGAGUAACAAAUAAAUACAAUCAGACACCAAAUCUCAAAAAACACAUUUUUUGA